CUGUUUUCCUAUUAGAAAGGGCAGUUUUGAAACUAGAGUACUAUUUCAUCUCCUUAACAGAACAUUGGUAGUGCAAUUUGGCUAAGCAGUGCUGUUUCCUAUUUAUAUAUCCCGCCUGUACAUGGAUUAUGAAGAGGAUGAUGACGUCUCCUUUGCAAAAUGGAUGAGCAGUUUCUGGGGACACAACGUGCCAGAUGAAAAUGACAAAGCAACUAGGUCUUACAGGCAGUGGCAGACAAGAUCCUUGAUGGAAAGGAGAGCCUCUCUUCCGGCUAAACUUUCUUCCAUCCAUAUGACAAGAUUUCCUGCUUCUACCAGGAUCCCAUCACCGAGCCAUCUGAGGGAUUACAAAGAAAUGCAAGAAGACCAAGAUUCAAAAGAUACAAAAUGGCUCUGUCAUGCAAAGGCAUGCAAGAAGUCCUCAAAUGGCAAUUCUUCUCAGGGAACAAGUAGACCAAACAGUCGCUCAAAUUCUAUCUUGGAGUUUUCAGAAUCUUUUGAGAGGCAGCUGCAUUUCAAAAACAAGCGCUCAGUGUCUUUGGAACCUGAAGGGAUGAAACAAAGGCGGGACAGAGAGAGACUGCGUAGUCACAAGAGCAGGUCUCAUAAGAAAAUGGGAGAAAAGAAGCAACCCAAGAAUGAACAAGUGGUAGGAGAAGUUAGUGUCGAAGUUCCAGCUGAAAAACAUAGUUAAUGCCAUCACAUAAGAGAGGUGUUUUACAUCAAUAAUGGAUUACUUUUGUAUUCAAACAGAUUAUAAAAUAAGGUUUCAUGCUUAGCCUUUAUUCUAUAAAAUAAGCAAUGUUAGAGUAGAACAGACUGCAGCCACUAAAAUAAAAA